CCAUAUAUGGUUCGUCUGGGGUUUGGCGUCUAGCUACAUCCACCCGGCAAAAUUGGACAAGAGACAUCGGUGUGCUCCCGCAGAACAGUUAUAUAAAAUCAAGCCUUUCACAACCAUGCCAUCCGACUUAGCCAAGAAGAAGGCAGCAAAGAAGAAGGAGGCUGCCAAAAAUCGCCAGCGUACCAAGAAAACUGAUGAGGAUGAGGAGGGUGACCAGCCAGAGACUCAGCUUAAUGUAGCACAGAGCAAUGGUAUUGUCCAUUUGACAAAGGAGCUGGAUGAAUUUGAACUGGCGAAGACUGAGGCACGGGCAGUGACCGGUGUUCUGUCCUCCCACCCGAACAGCACGGAUGUCCACGUAACCAGCCUGUCGCUUACCUUCCAUGGCCAAGAGCUGCUUGCAGACACAAGCCUGGAGCUCAACUCGGGCAGACGCUAUGGUCUCAUUGGCCUUAAUGGCACAGGGAAAUCCAUGCUGUUGUCAGCCAUCGGGCAUCGUGAGGUCCCCAUUCCAGAGCACAUCGAUAUUUACCACUUGUCCCGAGAGAUGGCCCCCAGCGAGAAGACCGCUCUGUAUUGUGUCAUGGAGGUGGAUGAACAGAGGAUAAUGCUCGAGAAGGAAGCGGAGAGACUGGCCCAUGAGGACUCCGAGUGUGAGAAGCUGUUGGAGCUGUAUGAGCGUCUGGAGGAGCUGGAUGCUGACAAGGCAGAGGUGCGAGCUUCCCGUCUUCUCCACGGCUUGGGUUUUACCCCUGCUAUGCAGCGGAAGAAACUCAAGGACUUCAGUGGAGGAUGGAGGAUGCGCGUCGCUCUGGCCAGAGCCCUGUUCAUCAAGCCCUUCAUGUUGUUACUGGAUGAGCCCACUAACCACUUGGAUCUGGAUGCUUGUGUGUGGCUGGAGGAGGAGCUCAGUCAGUUCAAGCGGAUCCUUGUGCUUGUCUCACAUUCUCAAGACUUCUUGAAUGGUGUGUGCACCAACAUCAUCCACCUGAAUUUGAAAAAACUGAAAAACUACACGGGUAACUAUGACCAGUAUGUGAAGACCAGAGAGGAGCUGGAGGAGAACCAAAUGAAGCGUUUCAACUGGGAACAGGACCAGAUUACACACAUGAAGAAUUACAUUGCCAGGUUUGGUCACGGCUCUGCAAAGCUCGCCCGACAGGCACAGAGCAAAGAGAAGACGCUGCAGAAGAUGGUGGCCUCAGGCUUGACUGAAAAAGUUGAGAGUGACAAGACUCUGUCAUUUUCAUUUCAUCCCUGUGGGAAGAUUCCUCCUCCUGUUAUCAUGGUUCAGAACGUGAGCUUCAAGUACAGCGACGACACACCGCACAUAUAUAAAAACCUGGAGUUUGGCAUCGACUUGGACACACGAGUGGCUCUGGUGGGGCCCAACGGAGCAGGGAAGUCCACACUGCUGAAGCUGCUGAUGGGAGAGCUGCUACCCACCGAUGGCAUGAUCCGCAAACAUUCUCACGUCAAGAUCGGCAGAUAUCACCAGCAUCUGACGGAGCAGCUGGAACUGGACCUGUCUCCUCUGGAGUACAUGAUGAAGUGUUACCCCAACAUCAAAGAAAAGGAGGAUAUGAGGAAGAUCAUCGGUCGCUACGGGCUGACGGGAAAACAGCAGGUCAGUCCGAUCAGGAACUUGUCCGACGGUCAAAAGUGCCGGGUGUGUUUUGCCUGGCUGGCUUGGCAGAACCCUCACUUGUUGUUCCUCGACGAGCCGACCAAUCACUUGGAUAUCGAGACCAUCGACGCGCUGGGAGACGCCAUCAAUGAGUUUGAAGGGGGCACGAUUCUAGUUAGCCACGACUUCAGGCUAAUCCAACGGGUGGCUCAGGAGAUCUGGGUAUGCGAGCAUCAGACCAUCACAAAGUGGAAUCAUGACAUCCUGGCAUACAAGGAGCAUUUGAAGAAAAAGCUGGAGAAGGCGAAGGUGCAUGGCAUCUAAAUAACCGACGACCCUGAGCCACUCCUUUAUCUUGUAUCAUGGAUUUGACCGUCAAGCUCCUGAGGCGAUGAACCGGCUUUGCAUUGCAGGAAAUGUCAUUACUCAAACUGAAACCAUCUCUUAUUGGACAGUUUGUACAUGUUGUACUGUAUUUCCAUUUCAAUUUAACAGUGCCACACUCUCAAUUCUCCCCCUGCCCCUCCCUCUUUCUUUUCACCUCAGACUGCACUCUGAUUGGCUGACUUCACCUGAAGCAUCUCAGUGUAUUUUGGAUGCAUUCCAUUGUGCUGUCUUCAUAGAAAAGUUUUAUUUUUUCUUAAUGUUCUGUUUUAGCCCAUCACAUAUGCAGCAGCUUUUAGGUCAUUUUAUGAUAUUUAAAAGUUGUCUUUUGUUUCUGUGUACAAGAGCAGUUCUUAAACAGUUCCUUAUUUAACAAUGUAAUGCAAUAAAGGUUUGUCUGAAUAAACGGAACAUAAAAACAGCA